AUGACCACGGAGCCUGAGGAGAAAAGGGCCCCCGCGUCCGUGAAGGAGAUCUGGGAGAAUACCAUCGUGCGCUUCCAAGAGCGCACGGGCCAAAGGCUGGACGGUGUCUCCCAGCGUCCGGACGACCUGCGAAGACUCCUCGACGCGCAUUAUGCGGCACAAGCGGACGGUAAAAAUGUGUCGAAGGCUAAAGCGACGGGGUUCCAAAUGAUACAUUGCAUCCAGCUACUCGGUGGGAUUGCGUCCCAGGGUGCGUCCAUGGCUUUCGCCCCGACGGGACUGUGUUUCAACGCUCUGUCCUUCCUUUUGGAUAUUCCGAAAAAGGUCCAUGAGUUCCAUGGCGAGAUAGAUGCUAUCUUUGCGGAAGUCGGUCCCGCUCUUGCCCAAUUUCGGAUCUACGAGCGGAUGGAGGACAGCGCCAAGCUGGACGAGGCUCUGCUACUGUCCAUCUACCAGGUCAUGACGAGUUUCGUGAACUUAUGUGCCGACUGCAUCAAUAUCCACCGUGAGGGUAGAUGGAAAGGCUUCAAGCGCAAUGCCAAACGGAUCCUAUUGGACGAUGGGUCUGUACAGGGAGAGUUGACACAUUUCAAAAAGCUCACUCUGGAUCAGUUGAACGUCCAGGCAACUCUAACUCUCGAGGCUGCAGUGGAAACAGGCCUGCACGUCAAGUUCAUAAAGGCCACUACGAUCGAGAUCGAUACAACCACGAAGGCCAUCAAGGGUGACGUAUCUGGGCUCGUGGAGGCGGAGAACAAGCGCACAUUGGAUGGCAACCGGAAGCGCAUUUUGAGUAUGAUAAAAACAAAGCUUGGGCUGCAGGAUGGCGCAGCAGCCGCGGUUAUUGAGGCCCGCGAUAGAAUGUGGAAGGGCGCUGUGAAAGAUAGCGGGAAAUGGUUGAACGAAAUUGACGUAUAUAAGCAGUGGAUUGACAGUAGCAGCGCAGCAGAGCCCCUGCUCGUCUUGACCGGUACGCCUGGAGCGGGAAAGUCUUUUCUGGUUUCUGCGAUUGCGGAGGAAAUUAAAUCUAGAAACUUGUCCACAAAAGCUGAGCGCAGCUUGAUCGGAUAUUACCCCUUCGCCAUGGGAGAGAAAGGAGGGGCGGACGGCGAUAGACGACCACUGGAGGCGGCGAUCAAGUCUAUCUGUGUCCAACUGGCGGAGCAGGACCUCGCUUACGGGAGGCAUGUGUGUACUGUGUGCAGUGAGCCAGGGAAGAACGAAAAGUAUUUUAGGGACGGCAGCUGUACAGAUCUCUGGGCGACGUUGGGGAUAGGAAUGCCGGGGGAAAAUACGACGCAUUACAUCCUCCUCGACUCGGUCGGCACACUCAGCGCAGGAGACCGCGAGGGGCUCAUGAGGGCGAUUCAGGAGGGCAAGCAGGGCGGGUCCAACCGCGUCAGAGUGCUUAUCAGCUGUGAGCCAGGGACAUUCACUCGGGAUCAGCUGCUCUCGUCUCGGACUAAAACGAUCGACAUCACCACGUACAACCAGGUUGACGUCAAGGCAUUCAUUACGGAGGAGCUGAAGAGGGAGUCCCUCUUCCAGGGAGCAGAUGAGGACUCACAGCGUCGGAGAAAAAUGGUCGAAGAGCUACUCCUGGCGCGCUCCGACAAUACCUAUCCAACGAUCCAGCAGGAUAUGCGCAAAGUCAAAGAUGUCGUCGUGUCAGGCGGCACGGAGGAGGAGCUUAGCCGGGUCUUGCACGAGUCAAGUACAGACCCACAGCAUCAAGUGCGAUUGGAUAUCGAAGCAUUGGAAGCGACGCUCAAGCCCCGGGAGAUUGAGGAGAUCAAUGAGCUUCUGGUAUGGGCGGUGGCUGCAGAUCGAGACAUGCUUGUGAGCGAGCUGGAGGCGGCCUUGUUCCUCCGCUUCAACGCCGUCUCUCUUCAGUCUCUCGGCGAGAAGAUCACGGGAAAGUACUCCAGACUCUUUAGCUUGGUUUCUGCGACGUCUAGUGAAAAGGCCGUAGUACUCAAAGAUCACGUUCGAGACUGCGUUGUUGUUCAACGAGACAGGCCUCGCCAGUCCGAAGAUGACCCGAAGAUCACGGCCACUAUCAGCAUCACAAACGCAGAUCACAAGCUCGUCCAGCGGUUCUUUUGGGACUUGAAUCACCACUCCUUCCUGGGGGGAUUUACGUUCCAGCCUACAGCCGAUAUGACUAACGUGGGCCAGCGGAGGAUCCAGGUGAACGAAGCCGACGCUCACCUGGAGAUUGUCAAACGGGCUUUCAAUUUGUUUCUCCAACCAGUUAUCGAUAAAAGGGGGAAGGUGCUAGGAGAAUACUUGAUGAGUUCUAUCCCAUUGCAUCUCAAAGCCCUGUCCGAGGUAACUGGUUUCGACGAGCUUCAGCCGGCAGAUAAGCAGUUCAUUGGAUCCAGCGUGUACGAUUUGUUCAACGACGACAGUAUCAUCGAGCGAAAUUGGGAAUUCUGCUCGAUGUGGGCUCCAUGGUUCUCCGGUAAUGACCAGAUGGACACGUUCUGGAAAUGGCUGGACGACCCUGUCGCGAUUAGCCGCCUAGGGCCUCGGGACAAACGAUGGCUCGAAGACUGCAAGAGGGACAAACAUCGCAACUCAAGUCUGUUGACUCCCAUCAUGACCAUGAUUGCUCGGAACUGGCUACAGAGAACCGAAUGGACCGACACCGGGCCAUUUGAAUGGAUCCGAGGGUUCCUAACGUUGGGGACCGAAACACAGCGCGAUGAGGACGGCGGUACGGCUGGGAAGGUUGAAGUCUUCGACGAAGGUGACGGGAGAAUUAUGAUCAAUCCCAGGGAACCCCCUUUAGAAUGUAUUGCCAGAUGUGAGCAAUGGUGCAAGCAGGCUUUGAAAGUAUCCGAAGUGGACUACACAUGGUGUAUGCGACUAGGUGACAUUUACGCUCAAUUUUGGGAUGAAGCUGCUGCGAGUGAGCAUUACAAGAAAUCUGCGCAGAAUGAGCCGAGAUCUAACGAGAAUCAACAGGCUACCACGAUUCUCCAGGCUCAGGAUCCCGUCAACAAGGAGCAGCUACGAGAAGCAUUCAAAGCUCUCAGCAGAUGCGCAACCGACCCUGAAAUGUCUUUCAGCUAUCUAAAGGAAGCCUCCAAGUUGGAUGAAGAUAAUGUGGAGGUUCUUUUUGCGGUGUUCCGACAAUAUGUCGCCAGUGGACAAGAGGACGAUGCGCGGUCCAUCAUCCAAAAAGCCGUUACCCAUAAAAUUCCAGGAACGGCGUCUAAUCAGUUGGUGAAUAUGUUAACAACAACCGUGUGUGAUGAGAGGGGCACAUUGCUCUUAUUCAAGGCAAUGUCUGCCAUAGUCUCUUCGUGCGCGGGGUUGUGGGAAGUCUUCCAGGGUGAGAUGGAGUUGGCAAUCGACACUGCGCGGACGGAAGCCAAAACCGAUGAGGUUGCGAUUCUGCUGUUGCAGCUGGGCAGGGCCAGGUAUUAUGUCUACAGGAACUCUGCCGAGCAAUUAGCUAUCUCCGCACGUCACCUGCGCGAAUGUUUGGACAUAGUUAGGGAGAGCACUACUUCGGAAGGCCGAAAACAGCUUUUUUUCAUCCAACAGCCAGCCGCCAUCCAUCUGAGCAUGUUCUAUUUCGAGAGAUGCAUGCGUACGGAUAGGGUGGACCUAGAGGCAAACGUGGAGGUGUUACGGCAAAUUCACGAGGAUGAGCCUGCUUUCGAUGGCCCUAAGUCAAUACUUGCAAGUCUAUACUCGCUCAAGGGACAGAGAGCCAAGGCUCAUGACAUUUUUCGAUCCGAUAUGGUCGAGGUUUUCAACAUACUGGUUGAUGACAUCUCGUUCAAUGAUGUUGACGGGUUCACGAUGCUUCGUAACCUUCUCGACCGAACUGGGGAUUACGAGAAUGCACUGCGAGCUGCGUUGUUGUUUCCGAAAAACCAAUUUGAUGAGACUGUCAUCGAAGGGCUUCUGGCCGGACAGGGGUCCGUGGUGGCAGCAAUCAGCGCAGAACUGGUGGAUUUCUAUCAGACUAAUUGUCUACACAAAAAGCUAUGUUGGGAAAGGCUUACGGAGGUCACGGCGGAAGUGGCCAGAUUAGCAGCCCAAGCAGAUGCUGUCAGCGAGGAGCAGGCGGCUUGCUAUAAGAAAGUGGAAAAUAUCUUAGAAGAUCACGAUAGAAGAAAUGAUUGGGGGAUUGCCUGCACCAACUGCAAUCGGUGGUGGGACUAUGAUCUCGGCCUUCACGCCUGCAAAUAUUGCUACAGUGUGGAUCUUUGCGAUGCCUGCUGGAACGAUAUGAGAUCGGGCAAAGCAGCCAAUUCUUUGGUUUGCAGCAGCACACACGAGUGGUACGACCUACCGCCGUUGACGGUGGAGCAAUAUUUUCGUGCGUGUAAAGAGCUAGUCUUGAUGAAGAACGACAAUGGAGACGAGGAGCUGGUUUCUGUGUCAAAGUGGCUGGGGACGCUGUGCGAGGAAUGGGGGUUGUCAAAGGCUGAUUGGAACUUUGAGGAGUAG